AAUCUAGGGUUUCGUUUCGUGGUACUGAACCGGUGAUCCGACGUCGUAAUGGCGUCUCCACAGUCGGAACCCUUCGGGAGGACGCCGAGUUCCGGCAGAGCUCUCUCAAUAACUCCGGGCUCUAGGAUUUUGCAGAGCCCUGGCCCCGUAAGUGAUGAAACGAUCUGGAAGCACCUUAAAGAAGCCGGCUUUGACGAAGAAUCGAUUAAGCGGAGGGACAAGGCGGCGCUCAUCACGUAUAUUGCGAAGCUUGAAGCCGAGAUUUUCGACCACCAACACCACAUGGGCCUUCUCAUAUUGGAAAGAAAGGAGUUGGCAUCCAAUUAUGAUCAAAUUAAAGCCUCUGCCGAGACAGCUGAACUUCUGCAUAAGCGUGAUCAAGCUGCACAUUUAUCUGCUUUGGCUGAUGCAAGGAAACGGGAGGAGUGCCUAAAAAAGACAGUAGGGGUCAAGGAAGAGUGUAUAGCUAGUAUUGAGAAGGCGAUGCAUGAGCUGCGUGCAGAAUCUGCUGAAACAAAGGUUGCAGCUGACUGUAAAUUGGCUGAAGCACGAAAUAUGGUGGAGGAGGCUCAGAAGAAAUUCACUGAUGCUGAGGGAAAGCUGCAUGCAGCAGAAUCUUUGCAAGCAGAAGCUUGUCGCUUUCACCAUAUAGCUGAAAGAAAGAUGCAAGAAGUCGAAGCUCGUGAAGAUGAUCUUAGGAGGAACAUUCUGGCCUUCAAGACGGAUUGCGAAACAAAAGAGAAAGAGAUAAGCCUUGAGAGACAAUCUUUAAGUGAAAGGCAGAAAUCCAUGCAGCAAGAACAAGACAGAUUACUUGAUGCACAAGCUCUGCUUAACCAAAGGGAGGAUUUCAUAUUUGGUCGAUCUCAGGAACUGAAUCGACUUGAAAAAGAGUUAGAAGACGUAAAAGCAAAUAUUGAGAAGGAGCGUAGAGCCCUAAAUGAUGGGAAAUUGAAUCUGGAUCUGACUGAGGCUUCCCUUGUUAAUAGAGAGGAGGCUUUGACUGGAAGAGAAGCUCUUUUGAACAAAAAAGAGCAAGAGAUACUUGCUUUGCAGGAAAAACUUGUGAGCAAGGAAUCUGAUGUGAUUAAGAAAGCCAUAGCAAGUCACGAAGCUGAUUUGAGGAAAAAGAAAUCUGAAUUUGAAACGGAGCUGGACAUCAAGCGGAAAUCAUUCGAAGAUGAAAUUGAGGCCAAGAGACGGGCUUGGGAGUUGAGGGAGGUGGAUCUCAAUCAACGGGAUGACCUACUGCGUGAAAGGGAGCAUGAAUUGGAAGUUCAAUUGAGGGCAUUGGUGGAUAGGGAGAAAGAAGUGACAGGCAUGUCAAGUCUUGUUGGCGAGAAAGAAAAAACUUUAAGAGAGGCUGAGAAGGAGUUUGAGAUGAAUAGUGGUAUUUUGCAAAGAGAAAAGGAAGAAAUUAUCAAAAUGAAGCUAGAACUUCAAAGCUCCUUGGAUUCACUUGAAGAAAAAAGGAAACAACUUGAUUGUGCUAGGGAGAGGUUUGAGCUUUUGAAAUCUGAAACAAGUGAGCUAUCGGAUCUUGAGAUGAAGCUUAAAGAAGAAAUAGAUUUAAUCAGGGCUCAAAAGCUAGAGUUGAUGGCGGAGGCAGAUGAAUUGGCUAUAGAGAAAGCCAAGUUUGAAUCUGAGUGGGAAUUGAUUGAUGAAAAGAGAGAAGAACUGCGUAAGGAAGCGGAGCGUGUAUCAGAGGAGAGGUUGGCGUUCUCAAAAUUUAUCAAGGAUGAGCAUGACAACCUGAGGCGGGAGAAGGAUGAAAUGCGAGAUCAGCACAAACGGGAUGUGGAAUCACUUGUUAGUGAGCGGGAGGACUUCAUGAGUAAGAUGGUCCAUGAGCGUACUGAGUGGUUCAGUAAGAUGCAGAAGGAGCGUGAAGAUUUCUUACUGGAAAUUGAGAUACGGAAGGGAGAGUUGGAGAACUGUAUAGAUAAAAAACAUGAAGAGUUGGAAUGUUCAUUGAAGGAAAAGGAGACUGCCUUUGAGCAAGAAAAGAAAAAUGAAGUUCAAAAUAUCAGCUCCCUUAAGGAAGAAGCAGCAAAAGAGAGAGAGCAGGUUGCUCUAGAAAGGAAAAAGCUCGAGUCUGAGAGAAUAGAGAUAAAUUUGGAUCGUGAGCGAAGGGAUCGUGAAUGGGCAGAGCUAAAUAAUUCGAUUGAGGAACUGAAGGUUCAGAGGGAGAAACUAAAAGAACAGAGGGAAUUAUUGCAUGCUGAUAGAGAAGAGAUUCUUGGUCAUAUCCAACACCUGAAGGAACUGGAACAUUUGAAGGCUGCUUUAGAUAGUGCAUCUGUGGCUGAGAUGCAACAAUCUAAUUUGGGGCCUCGCAGCCGGAAAACUUCUAGACGAUAUUUGAAGCAGACAACUUCUGUACGAGACACCGAUGUUAAUUCACAUCAUGAAGUAAACGCUGCCAACAUUAGCAACCCAUCCAUGCUAAAGACAGGGUUGUCUCCUUCCAGUUCUGCUCGUUUCUCGUGGUUAAGACGUUGCACGGAAUUGUUCUCUAAAAACUCUUCUGAGAAGCAACAAUUGGAAUUUGAAGAAAGCCAUGAGAUUUCUCAGGGAAAAACAAACUUGACGGUAACUGAACAGGUAGAAACAUCAAGUAAAUAUGAUGGGCAUGGGCACAUGGGAAAUGGCAGUUCACCUGCAUUUUCCAGCAAGAGACAGAGUGCAUUGGGUGGACCAACGGUUAUUGUUGAAGUUCCCUUUGUUGGUGACAUUGCAAAUGGAACAAAGGAUUCUGAAAUUAAGGAAGUUGAUGGUGAAAGUUGUGACCCUGUAGUCUCUGAACAAGUCUUCAAGGGAGGAAGAAAAAGAAGAGUGGACAAAUCAUCAUCCAAUGGCUGUUUUGAUCCAGUACUUGAGCCUAGGCAGAAUGUUAAGAAAAGGAGGCAACAGCAGGAUGCCAUUGUGAACUCCUCAGAACAUGCCAUUAGCCACUGUGUUGCAUCAACUCAGGAAAAAGUGCUAGAGGAUCAGCAUGUAUCAGUGCUAUCUGAUCAAUUUCGUGAAGGUGCUGAAGAGGGUAGUGUUUUAAUAGUAGAUAAAGUCACAAAGGUUACUGAAGUGAUUUUUGAGGAGAGUGUAACUGGCACUCUUUCCCAUGAAGACAAAUUCGAGGCACAGAAUUCUGUCGUGGAAACACACCAUGUAAAGAAUGGUGUCUUACCUUGUGACACUAGGGCUCAGUAAAAGAGAUACAAGAAUUGAACUUGGGGGAUGCUGGACAAGUUGUUGACCACUGCCAGAUUCAAGAGGAAGAUAACCAAAAAGAAUUUGCAGUCCGAGUGAGAUGAUAUUGGAAAAGUGUGUACAGAAGCUUAGAUAUGAAGAGACAAAUCAGAAGGCUUACAUAGUAAAAAGAGAGUAGUGGUAGAACUUUGGUUGUUGAUAGUGUACUGUAGUUUGUUUCCUGGAUGGUGAAAUAGAUGCAGACAGCGUACUUUUCGUGCCACCCCUACUGGUUAUCGCUUUUUGAAUUUCAUUAAGGUGCGUGUAAGUAAUGCGAAGUGGUUCUUGCUGAUUGGAUCUAGUUUGGAGUGGGACAAUUUGUGAAUGUUUGGUUCGUCCGGUAUGAUAUUCGUUUCCCUUUUGUUUUCCUUUUGGUGUUGGUGCGUCAAGGGAGACGUGGAGUUUAGUGUGGCAUGUCAUUUGUAAGAUAUAGGACCUUAUUUUGUUUGAUGAUCAAGGGAUUUGUCUGGUUGUUGCUGCUACACUUCGAGAGGGCAACUAUAUUUUAAGUUGCAGUACCAUUUGUAAACAGUAUGUGAUUUGCCAAGCGUUAAUUAAUCUUAGUUGAGUAAGUUAAUUAUCGUAGCA